GUUGCGAUUUAUGUGGCAUUAGUUCAGUACGACAAUGAGUGGCAAUCGAAACAGCAGCAGCAGCAGCGGCAGCCGGAGCAACAGCAGCAGGAGCAACAGCAGGGGAAGCCAUGUGAGCUGCCCGAUCUGCUCGGAGCGUUAUGGGGCGACGGAUAAAAUCUAUGGGGGCAGCUGCGGUCAUGUGUUCCACUGGCAGUGCCUGCAGCGCUGGUGGGAGGAAUCAGACAGUUGCCCGAUUUGCCGCAGCAGCGGCGAAGACUAUUUUCAACUAUAUUUAAACUUUGAGGAAUUGGAUCAGAGCCAAAGUCAGGCGCAGUCGCAGUCGCAGUCGCACUCACCGUCCAGUUCCAGUCGGAGUUCUGGACAAAGCAGCAGUCCAAGUGAUUUGACCAGCGAGUAUCAAAAUCUUCUGUAUGAAUCAGAUCUUUAUCGCGACGAGAUUGAGUAUUUAAAUGCACGCAUUACGAGCUUAACAUUCUGCCUUUGCGAUUCUGCUGAUUCAGACUAAAGUGCCAACUAUAUAUAUACACUCUUAUAUAUAUAUAUAUAUAUAUAGAAUUAAAAAACAGGAUAAGAUAAGCAAACUUCCCCCUUAAAUUGAAUCAGCUCUGCAUUUUGGCGGCUCUGCCGAUAGUCGAUUAUCGAUAGUUUGUGUCUGUCACAAUCGUAUUUUUGUUGUGGUCAAAUUUAGUACAUUUGGCAUAUUUAAGUAUUUUAUUUGCAGUGUGUUUGAAUUGGA